AGCGGCUGCGGGGCGGGGUCAAGACAGGAGGGGCGGGGUGGAGGGGCAGGACCGGGUGGGAGAACUGAGAUCGAGGGCGGGACCUGGAGGAGAGAGGCGGGGCGAAGCCCGGCUGCGCAUGCUCGGUGUGGACGGCCCCCUGCUGCCGCGGCUGCCACCGCCCACUAGGGACUAGGAGCGAGCUGCAGGCGGCUGCCGAGCGGAGAAGGGCCCCGCUGGGCUAGCGUACGGCUAUGGCCCCGUGGCUGCAGCUCUGUUCCUUCUUCUUCACUGUCAACGCCUGCCUCAACGGCUCGCAACUGGCAGUGGCUGCGGGGGGCUCGGGCCGCGCGAGGGGCGCCGACACCUGUGGCUGGAGGGGAGUGGGGCCGGCCGGCCGAAACAGCGGGCUGCACAACGUCACCUUCAGAUAUGACAACUGUACGACCUACUUGAAUCCAGUUGGGAAGCACAUGAUUGCCGAUGCCCAGAACAUCACAAUCAGCCAGUAUGCUUGCCAUGACCAAGUGGCGGUCACCAUUCUUUGGUCCCCAGGGGCCCUUGGCAUUGAAUUCCUGAGAGGAUUUCGAGUCAUACUGGAGGAGCUGAAGUCAGAGGGAAGGCAGUGCCAGCAACUGAUUCUAAAGGACCCGAAACAGCUCAACAGUAGCUUCCAAAGAACGGGAAUGGAAUCUCAGCCUUUCCUGAAUAUGAAAUUUGAAACGGAUUACUUUGUAAAGAUUGUCCCCUUCCCUUCCAUUAAAAAUGAAAGCAAUUACCAUCCUUUCUUCUUCAGAACCCGGGCCUGCGACCUGUUGUUACAACCAGACAACAUGGCCUGUAAGCCCUUCUGGAAGCCUCGAAAUCUGACUAUCACCCAGCACGGUUCAGACGUACAAGUGUCCUUUGACCACGCGCCACAUAACUUUGGCUUCCGUGGCUUCUAUCUUCACUAUAAGCUCAAGCAUGAAGGCCCCUUCAGGCGGAGGACGUGCAAGCAGGACCAGAACACAGAGACAAGCAGCUGCCUCCUCCAAAAUGUUUCUCCAGGGGGUUAUGUCAUUGAGCUGGUGGACGACAACAACACAACCAGGAAAGUGGUGCAGUACGCCGUGAGGCCAGUGCACUCUCCCUGGGCGGGACCCAUCAGAGCUGUGGCCAUCACUGUGCCUCUGGUCGUCAUCUCCGCGUUCGCCACACUCUUCACUGUGAUGUGCAGAAAGAAACAGCAAGAAAAUAUAUAUUCACAUUUAGAUGAAGAAAGUCCGGAGUCCUCCACAUACGCUGCGGCUCUCCCCAGAGACAGGCUCCGGCCCCGGCCCAAGGUCUUCCUCUGUUACUCCAGUAAAGAUGGCCAGAGUCACAUGAAUGUGGUCCAGUGUUUUGCCUACUUCCUCCAGGAUUUUUGUGGCUGUGAGGUGGCUCUGGACCUGUGGGAAGAUCUCAGCCUCUGCAGAGAAGGGCAGAGAGAAUGGGUCAUUCAGAAGAUCCACGAGUCCCAGUUCAUCAUUGUCGUGUGCUCCAAAGGCAUGAAGUACUUUGUAGAUAAGAAGAACUACAAACACAAAGGAGGCAGUCGAGGCGCGGGCCAAGGAGAGCUCUUCCUCGUGGCUGUGGCCGCCAUUGCGGAAAGGCUCCGUCAGGCCAAGCAGAGUUCAUCUGCAGCACUGAGCAAGUUUAUCGCUGUCUACUUUGAUUAUUCCUGUGAAGGAGACGUCCCCUGCGUUCUGGACCUGAGCACCAAAUACAAGCUCAUGGACAACCUUCCCGAGCUGUGUUCCCAUCUGCACUCGGGAGAGCACAGCCUUCAGGGGCUGGCUCAGCACCCAGGACACCACAGCAGUAGAAGGAACUACUUCCGGAGCAAGUCUGGCCGCUCCUUGUAUGUUGCCAUUUGCAACAUGCACCAGUUUAUCGAUGAGGAGCCUGAUUGGUUCGAGAAGCAGUUUAUACCCUUCCCUCCUCCCGCUGUGCGCUACCAGGAGCCGGUCCUGGAGAAGUUUGACUCUGGUUUGGUUUUAAAUGAUGUCAUAACCAAACCAGGGCCAGAGAGUGACUUCUGUCUAAAAGCUGAGGCUGCUAUACUUGGGGCCCCUAGGCCAGCUGACUCAUACUCAUACCUGGAAAAUCAGCAUGCAAGCCUGGACCAGGAUACUGAGGCCCAGCCCAUCUGCGAGAGUGGCCCUGCCUUGCCCCUGUUGCAUGCGGUGAAAGCUGGCAUUCCCUCGGAUAUGCCGCGGGACUCAGGCAUAUAUGAUUCCUCUGUGCCCUCAUCAGAGUUGUCUCUGCCUCUGAUGGAAGGACUCUCCCCUGACCAGAUGGAAACAUCUUCCCUGACCGAGAGUGUAUCUUCCUCCUCUGGCCUAGGUGAAGAGGAUCUCUCUACCCUCCCUUCCAAGCUCCUCGCCUCUGGGGUGUGCAAAGAAGAACAUGGUUGCCACGGCUAUACUGAUGAACUCCAAGUGGUUGCCCCUUUGUAAGGACAUGGGAGCAUCUAAGCUUCGCCACUUUAACGGCUGCUGCUUGGGUUUCCCAGCUCACCUCUGUGUUGUGCAGCCUGCCUGGGGCUGAGGGCUCACACAAUGAUAUCUGGAGUGAAAUUCUGGCCAAUACUCAAUCCUGUCUGCUCCGGCCCUCUAAGAGAUAUUUAGCAGAGUCUCCGAUUUCCCAAAAGCAUAUGGAGCUCUCCAAGGCAUGUCCAUUAGAGCAGGCGGCAGCCGGCUAUGUGAGGCCAUUCCUUGGAUUGGAGCCUUUCCUGGCAGGCAGAGAGGAAGCAGGCACAGAGAAGCAGGAGGCACCAACCCUGCUUGUUCUGACUCCACUGACCUCUGCAAACUUUACCUGUUCUCUUUCGGCUACUUUGAUUCAAACUGCUUUGUGGAAAAAGCACUUUGAACAUCCGGACAGCUACAUAUGAGUACUGCCUGGGACCCAGAUUGUGCUGCGAGUGAUGUUUCCAUCCGUUCCUGAUGUGGAACUUACACUGUCCUGAGUGUUAGGUAAACUCUGAGUCAAAGGUCCAGACAAUGACUCAAUGUCCAUCCAGUCGCCUUUUAUGAAACAACUUUCUCUACAUUACUGGGAAACGUGGCUGACCAGGAUGGAAUCCAAGGAGCAGGCUGGCCCUCUUGACCGUCGUAUGUGAAGAAGAUGCCAGCACCUGGAUGUCUUCCCUGGAUCUAAGGAGCCAGCAUGUGGGGACCACAGCUGUCCUGUUUAGUUUCCCUGGGUUACAAUUGCUGCUCUGUAGCUCGGGUGAUGAUGCACGGAGAUAAAGGACUAUUACACAGCUGGGCAGCGUCAUUGGAAGUUGUGGUUUGAGCUUUGGCUGUGGUGCUCUGUCCUGAACGUUAGAGGUCAGAAUCGAUUAAAAUACAACAAACUGUGUGGGAGGUGGUGUGGCCAGUUAAUCUGCUGACGUGGUUUUGACUAGUGACAAACCUCCUUUUUAGAAAGCAGAAAGGAGGGGAUUGUUACAAAAGUAAAUGCUCUAUUUUUAUGAAUGACUCUUGUACAGAAGUUCUGUUUCCAAAGGCAAAACAUCUCUUCGCAUGCUGUUUAUUAAUUAAUUGGAUGUAUAUAGUGACGUGUCCGUCUCCUCUGUGGAAACCCCCAUCGCCUCGCCCUGGUGCAUUUGGUGUGAGCAUCCUUCUCACAUGAGUGCUGCUGGAUUUUGGCAGGCUGUUUCCCCAGCAUUCUACCGGGAACUGUGAAGGAUUUCCCCAUUCUUUAACCAGAUAGGAUCAACGCAAAGGAGGAUGCUGAGAGAGAUCCCAAGGUGGGGUGGAGGAGGCAAGAGGCAGGGUUUUUCCUUCUAGGCACAUUUUCAGCAGGAGGGGAAGGGAGGCCUCCGCUCCUGCAGCAGUUUGUGUGUGUGUGUGUAUGUGUGUGUGUGUGUGUGUGUGUGUGUGUGUGUUGGAUGCAAGUUUCCUCCCUGCUCUGCACAGGCAGCUGGCAGCUUCUCAGGAGAACGUGCUCCUCUGUCCUCUGCCAGAGGACAGGGCAGCUGCUCUGGGCGAGCUGUGAGAUGGCCUCACCGUAAAACCAGGCCUCCCAGCAGCGGAGUUCGUUCCAUAUUGUCACCGUGGAAUCCAGACCAAGCAGACAGAGCUCCCACCUCCACGAGACUCCCUUGGCCGUCCUCAGUCUUGGCUUUCGUUCUCUGAAGGAGAUCAGUGGGCCUAAAUUGCUAACGUGUGGCCAUUCACUGGGAACAUCAUCAGAGAGGUUUUUUUUGUUUUUUUUUGUUUUUUUUUUUUUAAGCUGAGGCCAAGAAAUAUUUUAGGCUCCCCCAAGGAGACUCCCCAAAGAAACCACUUUUAGGAGAGAUACUAAGUUUUGCAUAUGGGAUGUGGGACCCCUGAGAGUGCCUAGGGCCAGCAUGGGGCCUUGGGCUUAGGGCUAAGCAAAGCCCAGGCAGAGAGCUCACAGCCUGGAUUCAGGUGAGGAAAAUGGAAGGAAACCAUGUGAGCCUUCUAAUAUGCCAGUCUGAAAAGUCAGGAUCAUCAGGUGAUGUUUCAGUUUGGAGUUAGCGACUGGAUGCUUUUAUUUUGAAAUACGAAUGUUUCUGAUCAGAAGACUCAGAUUCUAACGUGCCAAGUGAUGAAACUACAGUAAGGUUGCUUAACUCAGGAUGAGCUGAUAGUGGGUAAUAAAGUGAAAUUUUAUUAGCCAGCCCCUGUCCCCCCUCUGCCUCAUCACUCGGGCUAGGAGUGAGAAUUGCCUUGCAGAUUAAGGCGAAGUGUCUGUUCUGAACAGAGCUGCAGUUUUUGACUCAAAAUUGUCCCCCACAGUAGAGAUGGUAAGAUGGAAGUAGACAAAGGUUCUGACAAGCCACAGGCUUUUUGAUGCUGUAGGAAAACAAGAGGAGGUUGGGUCUGAGAGUGAACAGUAUGUGGGUAAAGAGAGGAUGUCCACUGGGAAGGAGGCCAGGCUAAGACCAGGGCACCAGGAAGCCUAGAAUGACGAAGUAGUUGUUGCCCUGUGUCUGUGGAUGUCCCACAAGUGUAGCUGAUGCUGAGAAACCUAGCUAAAGGGGGAGGGGGAGGGUGUUCUCUGACCAGUUGGCACCAAGUAACAGGAACCACCUCAGGGGGCCUCACCCAGGUACAGGAGUGCAGAGGCUUGGGACUUUGGGGCACAUAGAUGUCUAGAAUGAAUCAGAAGUUGUCCUUGACCAGGCCCAGGGAUUCAGAUGGGACCUAGGCAGGUAAUAGUAUUUUGAGUCAAAAUGAGACUGGGUCUUAAAGUUAUGGUCUGAAGUUUUUGGUUGGCAGGCAGGUGCUAACUAAAGUCAGCCCUGGGUCAGAGCUGAAAGCUGUCUUCAGUGGUCAUGAGAUCAUUGGAGUCAGCAUGCAGAAAGUUAGGGGUUCAAGUUCGUGUCUGAUUGAAGUGCAGACUUACCUCUUCAUAGUUACGUGUUUGUUUUUACUGGUUUUCUUGACAGCCUCUAAUCUUAGGUCCUCUGACCUUUAUGUAAGUAACUAAACAGGGAACCGUCCCCUCCAGACUAUGGGAUUGCAGGGUUGUGGGAGCUUUUCAGAAGGAGUAGGGGAGCUAUUUUAUUCAUGAAGGCAAAAGAAAGGAAAACACAAAAUCAUCAGCUACCUCAACACAAGAAAGAACAUUCUGCCUCUUGGCAGAAAGUAGACCACGCCAAGGUGAAAGUUUCUCAUCUUUUUCUUUUAUCUUCCAUUGUCGGGGAUGGCUGCUCAUAGUUGGCAGAGUCUGCUUUCUGGGGCACCAGAGAGUGUCCUUUCUGCCGCACCCCUGUCCAGCCUUCAGGAGCAGGGAACAUUCCAGAUGAGUGUGUCUCCACAGCAUUUCCUGCUUUUCCCAGUUUUCAAGAAAAGCUGAGAAUUUCUGAUUUUUAAGCUAUUAAUGUCUAGCGCUGGCAAAGCCCAACAACCCAAGUUUAGUCCUGUGAACCUACCCUCUUCUAAAAGUUGUGUUCUUCCACUUCCUCAUGCUGGCUGUGGCACUCACAGAUACCCAUGUCACGUGUGUGUGUGUGUGUGUGUGUGUGUGUGUGUGUGUGUGUGUGUGUGUAUCGUGUGUGUGCACACACCAAGUUUAAAAAGCAAGCAAAACAUUGGCAAUUAAACUUUAGAAACUACUAAAGUGAAUUCAGGACCAACAGAACAUGUAGAUGGAUCUGAUUUUGCACGGUGGCAGCCAGGUUGUGACUUCUGCUUUGUAAGAUGUGAAAUAAACCACCCACUGUAAUCACAAAUAUGUGGGGUCCCGGGAAAAGCUGCUGCUAGCUCUCUCCUCCAGGAAACUUGAUAUGGUCCUGAUGGUUUUGCUUCUCAUGUAGCCCAGGCUGGCCUUGAAUUCCUGAUGCCUCCUGAUGCAUGCACCAUAACCCACAGACUCCCUAUGAUUCCAAAUGCAUUUGAAAUGUUUUGAUUAUGUCUUUAUAUUUCAUGUCUCGAGAGAAAGGCAGCUCAGCUGUUAAAUUUCAGAUUUAUACUGCCCUGCAUUUAAAAGCAGGCAACAGUUGCAUUUCAACCCCUGGACUUUGGGGGCCUUAUUUAUAGUUCAACUCUAGUUGUAAUAAUGUAUUUAUGUGGGGGGCAGUUCUGAGCUUAUGCCAACAUACUGUUAGGGGAAAUUUAUUUGGGGAAUACAGUAAAGCGCCCCAACACUGGAUUUUGCUAUCAUCCUUUUUCUGUAGCCUGGGACUGUUGGGAGGUGUGAUAAAGAAAACGAAGAGAAGCAUUUCCUGUUGUUGAGAUAGGUAACAGGUGUCCCAUGGGUGUUUGGUCACCCUGGUCAAAUCACCACUUUUCCAGAUCCAAGGGUGAAAGUUGGCCACAGGAAGGCCGGCCGGCUGCAAGCGGUUGGGUUUGGUUCCAGUUUCAGAAUUUGAGGGCGAGGAGAGGCUUAGAUCACCCAGCACGUUCCCUCCAUGCACUCAAGACAGGCUGUGCUUGAGUUGUUCCAGACACAAGGCUGUGUCCCAGAGUCUGGCUCCUUAGCGAAGGAGAUUCUGUAACCUCCCCGCUGAUCAGAUAGUUCUAUGUAUGUCUUUGUUGCAGAAAUUCAAGCCAGCUUUCUUUUGUCUAGGGUGUAGAGGAGAAAGAACAGCUGGUCGCCUUCCCAGUAUUGAAAACCACAGUGAAGUCAUCCCUUGGUGUUUUUUCAGUAGUAAAUAAUCACACCCACUUAACAUCUUUCACGGCUCUUGUUCUCCAGGGGCUUAAUGAUUUCCUCCGUUCCUGCACUUCUCAGCACUUCUCGGCUUCACACUCAGUGUCGUUACCCAGACAACACCGGUGCCUUGUUCACAUGGGUGCUCUCCGACAGCCAUGCCCAAGUUAGGGUUACAGGGAAAUUUGUGCAGGCCUGGGUGCUCUCACCACAUAGAAAACAUCACGGCACUUUAAAACACUGUCCUAUCACUGAUACGAGUUUGGAGAGUUAUGACCGCCACUUUUGGUCUCUUGGUGAUAGUCCUGGCUCCUGUGGUAUAGCUUCUUUUCUCCCACGGGCAAACACUUGGUGCUCAUUGCUGAUGUAUUUAAUGUCUUCUUUUAUUCUGAAGACACCUUCAAGGCCAGCUCUUACCUUCAGAGUGGCAGCUACUCCACACUCCCACUUCGGGUUCUGUUUUUACCUAUCUGUAGACUUGACCUUUAUUUUGUGAAUCAUAUCAUCGCUUAAAUGGUGCACACCAGCAGAACUGGCAAGGUAAGGGGCAGGCGUUGCUAAGUGCCACCUUCCCAAUGCUGUUGGGGACUAAUUUACAAACCCUUUUGAAUGCCUCAGAGAGAGCCUCUGGGGAAUUUUGGCCAAUUGUUUUCUUUCCUGCCCCUUGGGUCAUCCUUGAUAUUCACCUGGGAUCACAGACACCAAGGCUGUAUCUCUCAGUCGAGCAGGCAUAGUAGCUGAUACAAUCAGAAACCAGACAGAAGCAAUCAUUCCAACUGCACAGCUAAUAUUUAUAUUGCAUAGAAUCCGGCAGAAAGAGUCAAGGAGCAGCCUCCUGUGACUGCCACUGGGUUAUACGCAAUGUGCUCAUCUGUUAUUUAAAAAAAAAAAUUCUCUUCCUCUCGAAAAGAAGCAUGUCAAGUUUGGACAGCAGCAAAAAACUUCCGUACAAAUCCAAAGUGUUCAUUUUGAGUGUAACAUUAAUUUUCGUUAUCUGUUUCAAAGCAAUUAUUUUUACUGUGGAAGCUCCCGUGUUAAGAAGGAAGGCCUUCGGGCACAGUGAUGAUGAUGACAUUGUUCUGUUUUAUAUUUUAAGUUUUUUCUUUGUGAGGUUUGGCAGAAUAGUGAGCACGGGCAGGCUGUAGCAGUGUGCCGUAUUUUCACAUUGGAGAUAUUGGUGGUGUAUUUGUACAAAACUCCAUAGAUGACAGUCAGUCAUGGCUGACGUUUGUAAGAUGUUUUUGUGCCUUAGAAUUUCUGCAUCAAAUAAAGUGUUUUCUUGUAA